AUUGCUUUUUAAAGUGCAGUGUUUAUUAAGCAAAUGAAUAAAACUGCAUAAAAGUUAACAAGGAAUUUAAAUUCGAUAUAUAAAUACUUUACCAAUAAUAACUUUGUUUGCUUUUAAGCAUUGUUUUAUAAAAAUCUGUUUUAAAGUAUAUUAUUUACUGCCCUUCGUUUUGCUCUCAAAUCGAUAUGCCCAAUAUUGAACCUACAACUGCAGAACAGCAAAAAUGUGUGGAAAAGGCAAUAAAAGUAAAGAAUCCUCUUCUAUACUUAGGAGAACUACAGUAUCAAUAUAAUACCGAAAAUUAUACGUUUUAUUGCCGCACCAAAGCUGAUAUGAAUUCAAAGGACCUUAAGUGGGCUUUCAAACUAGCAGAAACAAAUGUAUCCCAAUUUUACAAGGAACUUAAACUUGGUUGGCAACCGAAGGUAAAACAAACAAGCCUUAAUAAAAACUGGGCUCGUUACUUGGUAGCUAAAUUUAAAGACACACCUGUUGCAUACGCAAUGUUCCGGUUCGAUAUGGACUAUGGAAAUAGUGUAAUAUAUUGUUAUGAAAUGCAAAUUGAAACUGCUUAUAGAAGAAAGGGGCUAGGAAAAUUUAUGAUGGAGACAUUAGAGAAUUGUGCUAAACAUUGGCAAUUGGAAAAAGUAAUAUUAACCGUAUUGAACAACAAUAUUAAUGCGAUGUCUUUCUUUAAAACAAUUGGAUACAUUCUAGAUGACUCUUCACCAGACGUAUUGGAAAAAGCGGAAUAUAAAAUAUUAAGCAAAUGCACUUUGUAAUUUAUAAGAAUAUUUAUUUG